CUUGGCAAAUAUUGAAAAAGGAAAAAUCAUGCAAUGAGUGAUCCUACCCACAAAAGUCAUUUUCUUUUUCUUGCAAGUCAAGAAAUUUUGGAAAAAAUGUGAGAAUGUGCUGAUCGGUUUCAGAUGAAAAUUUUCAGUUAUACUCCACCACAGGUCGAGUGAAUUCUGAUAUUUUGUAUAAAAAAUAUAUUAUAUCUGAUGCUAAAAUUGGAAAAUUAUGGAUUCUGGGCAUUGCAAGAAAUGGUCAGUGAAGAACUGAGUUUUGUCUUCUUUUGAUUAUUGGUUUCCGUAUUUGAACCAAAUUGUCUAAUAUUGUAUUCUUAUAUGCUAUUUUUAUCACUAUUUUAUACAUCUAUCUCUCAUUGCUUACGUCCAGAUCUGGACUAAGCAGAGCCAAUUGUCUAUCACACACACACACACACACACACCCCCAGAAAUUCCCUUAAAAAAGAGAAGAUUUGCUUCUAACUCCCAUAUCUGACAUGCCCCCAAAGACUCAGGGUGUUAGAAUCUGGUCAAGAGAAUCAUACAAACUACCAUAAAAAGAUUCUCACACUCACUUCGAUGAAUACUAUAAUUAUGUUUUUGGCCAACUGGAUCUUCCUUAUUUUCCUCGGGAAAAGAGUCUAGAGUGAUAAAGAAGAGUUUGUUCUGGUUUUGGUAAUAUGGAUGAUUUUCCAAAAAUGUUAUGCGGGUGGAACUGGGAAGAGAACAAGCUGUUUGAGCUGGCUUUGGCAGUGGUUGAUGAAGAAGACCCUGAUCGAUGGAAACUGGUUGCAUCCAUGCUUGGAGGGAAGAAGAGUGCAGAGGAUGUGCAAAAACAUUAUGUGAUUCUCUUGGAGGACUUGAAGUGUAUAGAAUCGGGUGAAUUGGAUCAUACACUUGUUGAAGAAGCUCAGGCUUGUGUUCAAGUUGACCGUACUCAAUCUCUAUGUUGGACAGAAGAAGAUCACAAUUGAUCAUUUUUGCGAGCACCAGCAACAAGAUGAUUUAGUGUAGAUGGGCUCAAAAUUCCUUAGAAAUUUUAGAGGAUAUAGUUAUAGAUGUUCUUGCAUUAAAAUAUGUGCUGUUAUUGAAUCUGUGAAUACAGAUUGCUGGUACAAUUGGACAUAAAUUGAAUGAUAGGGCUAAAAGGUAAUUCAUCAAAGCAAAGACAUCCUGUUGGAGCUAUUCCUGGGAAGAAUGUAAGAUAUGCACAUAAUUGAUGAUAGGAGAAUUAUUUCUUAAGCUCUGUAAGUUGUUUCAUAAGUUCUAUUCUGUAACGCAGCAGCAACAGCAGUUGUCAGCAUAUCCCAAACCUGUAUGUAGCUUACAGUUGAAUUUGGAAAACUGAUUCUUUAUUAUAUCUCAGGCAAUGUAAUUAUUAGCCCAAAAGCAGAAAUUGACUUGUCAUAUCAUUUGAAUUAAUUUCCGUUGAUAAACAAAGAAUUUGAAUUCAACAAAUAGAAUGAACAGGUAGAUUUCGUCAACUCAGACUGCUCCUCAAGAGUCGAGAAUUUGUUUGACAUGGCAAUAGCUGGAAAGCAAGAGUUCAUAGCCAUCACCGUGCUCGGAACGAAAUUUCCCUUGGCCCAAAGGACUUGGAUUUUAGCACUUUCUGUCAGAAAAGUCAAGACCCAAUGCAGAAAAUGGAACCGCAGCAAACAUCAUCUCUCCAAUCUCCAUGACUUAUCAACUCAUCAGAAAACGCUCAAUAAAAUAUUCAUUGUAAAAAGGAUCAGGAAAAAUUAGUCUACAUUAGACAAAAGAAAAUUGCAAAUUUGUCACUAUUGAUAAUGAUAUCACAGGCAGUAAAUUUCACACAUGAAGGCUAACAUUUUCCUUACAGGGUUUUUGAAUCAAGUAUAUGUAGGAAAUAAGAACAAGUGAGGAAGCAGAAAAAGAAGAGCCACAAGCCAGGGAAGAGGCAGUGCAUGGGUGGUGCCAAAACAGAGAUUUCUGUUUGUAGCUCCAUUCAUGCUCUGCCUGUUCCCAGUCUUUGUAUGUCUUCUUCUUUAAUCUCUUCCCAGAAUCCCAAAUCCCAUUCACUUACCUUCCAUUGCCGAUAUGCCAUGCUAUUUCUGUCGCCAAAAAUCUACCAAAACCUCAGAUGCAUUCCUCCGCCUUCUCUCAGGGCAAACCAUAGAGUAAACAUUUGGAUCGCACCAAAGGCCUCAGCCUUCAGUGAUGGAUUGUGAGACUAUACCGUCCAUGGGGAUUUUAUAUUUGACAAGGAAAAGGGUUAUAGUACGCUCAUGUACUAUAAAAUUCUACUUGGACUAGCUGACUAUGUACUACCCUUUACAUGCUUUAGUACUAAUCAGAUAAUUGAAGUUCUAGAGUAUAUUCAGAAA